AGACGCGGUGGCCGCCGCGCGCCUGCGGGGAGCUGCUGACCCGCUCCGCGAGCCCGUGUCCCGCACGCACCGCCGCCAUGGCUACAAAGGACCCCACAGCCGUGGAGAGAGCCAACCUGUUAAACAUGGCUAAACUGAGUAUCAAAGGGCUCAUCGAGUCUGCCCUGAGCUUCGGCCGCACGCUGGACUCUGACUACCCUCCUCUGCAGCAGUUCUUCGUGGUCAUGGAACAUUGUCUGAAACACGGCCUGAAAGGGAGAAAAUCAUUUUUGAGCUAUAACAAAACUAUUUGGGGCCCCCUGGAACUGGUGGAGAAGCUGUACCCAGAAGCAGAGGAGAUCGGGGCGAGUGUCCGGGACUUGCCUGGGCUUAAGACUCCGCUUGGCCGUGCUAGAGCGUGGCUCCGAUUAGCCCUCAUGCAGAAAAAAAUGGCCGAUUACUUGCGUUGCUUAAUUAUCCAGAGGGAGCUCCUAAGUGAGUUCUAUGAGUACCAUGCACUGAUGAUGGAGGAGGAGGGAGCCGUGAUUGUCGGGCUGCUGGUCGGCUUGAACGUGAUUGAUGCCAAUCUGUGUGUGAAGGGAGAGGACCUAGACUCCCAGGUUGGGGUGAUUGACUUCUCCAUGUACUUAAAGAAUGAAGAAGAGAUCGGAAACAAGGAAAGGAACGUUCAAAUCGCCGCCAUCUUAGACCAAAAGAAUUAUGUUGAAGAGCUAAACAGACAACUCAACAGCACAGUCAGCAGCCUCCAUUCAAGAGUGGACUCGUUAGAAAAGUCAAACACUAAGCUGAUCGAAGAGUUAGCAAUAGCGAAGAAUAAUAUCAUAAAGCUCCAAGAAGAAAACCAUCAAUUGCGUAGUGAAAAUGAGCUGAUCUUAAUGAGAACUCGGCAGCACCUGGAGGUUACCAAAGUGGAUGUAGAAACGGAGCUUCAAACAUACAAGCAUUCCCGGCAAGGCCUAGACGAGAUGUAUAACGAUGCCAGGAGGCAGCUUCGAGACGAGUCGCAGCUCCGACAGGAUGUGGAGAAUGAGCUAUCAGUACAAGUUGGCAUGAAGCAUGAGAUGGAGCUGGCCAUGAAGCUGUUGGAGAAAGACAUUCACGAGAAACAAGACACUCUCAUAGGCCUUCGGCAACAGCUGGAAGAAGUCAAAGCAAUCAACAUUGAGAUGUAUCAAAGGCUGCAGGGCUCUGAAGAUGGCUUGAAAGAAAAAAAUGAAAUAAUUGCCCGACUAGAAGAAAAGACCAAUAAGAUCACUACAGCCAUGAGGCAGCUGGAGCAAAGAUUGCAGCAAGCAGAGAAGGCGCAAAAGGAAGCAGAAGCCGAGGAUGAGAAAUAUGCCCAGGAGUGUCUGAGCCAAUCCGACAGUCUGCAGAGACAGAUCUCGCAGAAGGAGCAACAGCUGGUGCAGCUGGAAACGGACUUGAAGAUCGAGAAGGAAUGGAGACAGACUUUGCAAGAAGAUCUUCAAAAGGAAAAAGAUGUCCUAUCUCAUCUUAGACAUGAAACCCAAAAAGUCAUAAGUCUUAAAAAAGAGUUUCUUAACCUCCAGGAUGAAAAUCAGCAGUUGAAAAGGAUUUAUCAGGAACAAGAACAAGCUCUGCAAGAACUUGGCAGCAAACUCUGCGAAUCGAAACUUAAAAUAGACGAUAUAAAAGAAGCCAACAAAGCACUACAGGGACUGGUCUGGUUAAAAGACAAAGAUGCAACCCACUGUAAGCUUUGUGAGAAGGAAUUUUCACUCUCCAAAAGAAAGCACCACUGUAGAAACUGCGGAGAAAUUUUCUGUAAUGCCUGCUCUGACAACGAGCUGCCUUUGCCUUCUUCACCAAAGCCAGUGCGAGUCUGUGAUUCCUGCCAUGCAAUGCUCAUUCAGAGAUGCUCCUCUAACAUGCCAUGACUUGGAACUCCAUUCUCCUGCACAGCACCACCUGCAGCGAGGGAGGGCUGUGUGCCCAGUCAGUACUGUACCUUGCCUCCAGCUCACAAACAGGUUUCUAAGUUAUAUGGGUUAGUAUUCCGUCCCUGUACUUAAUCAGAUUUUAAGAUAGCAUGUUUUAGCACUACUUCAACUAUCAAGUAACCUUUAACAAAAGGUCAGAUAGCAGAGCUAAUGCACAUUUGCCUUACCUUAUAGAGGCCUUUUUGAGAACAAGGCCACAGCUUAUUUGCUUCUGAACUGAUGAGUAGGCACUUGAAGGUGCCUGUCUCUUAAUGCACUUUAGAAAGCGUCACAAUUCUCAGAGAAAAACUGGAAAUGCAUUCACUUUAUGUUAUAUGCCGAUUUAACGGUUUUUAAAAUGGUGGCCCACGCCUUCAAUCCCAGCACUUAGAUGCAGAGGCAGGUGGAUGGAUCUGAGUUCAGUAAGGCCACCCUGGUAGAAAGAGGAAGUUCCAGUCAGGACAGCCAGACUGUCCAGGAAGACAGACUGAAUCAAAGUUGUUUAUUUUUUACCAUAAGCUGUCUUGCCUAAGCUCUGAAGUGCUGGGAUAUAGGUGUGUGCUUCCAUCCCAGGUCUGUGUAGUCUUCAUUGUCUGGUAAGAUGCUAAUUUAGUUGUAUUUAUUUGCUUGUUCUUCUCCCUUCUCUACAAUGGAAAAGACCAAUGAUUUAAUCCCUUCCUUUCCUUUUUACUUGCCCACAUCUUUCAUAUAGUGGACUAAAGGACCAGUGGUCUGGCCUCUAGCUUUUCCUUCACUUAUAAUCAUCAUCCUUAUCACAAAUACUAAUUUUUAUAAAGGGUCAGAUUCCAAAGGAGAAAACAUUCCUACCCAGGGAACAAGGGGACCGAAUGAGACCACAGGCCUUUAAAGAUUGAUUCUAAGCAUUAAAAUUAAGAGGACUGCUAUGAAAGAAUUAAGUUUCUCCACCCUCAGUUCUCUUAAGAAUAACUUCUAGGAAGCAUUACACUGGCAUAUUUACGCUUGCCCACAGUAGAAUUUCACCCUCUAUGUGUAUUAGGUACUUUAGAUAGUAGCUCCUUAUUUUUUCAAGCGGGGGUGUGUGUGGGAGACACGGAGCAUUAAGUUACUUAAAUCAUGACCAUUUAGGAUAGGAUCUUUAAUAUAUUAAUUUCCAGCCUUAUACUUUUAAGUCUAUAAAGCCUUUCAAAACUCUAGUGAUUUUACACUCCCAAGAACACUGCUCAGUGACUGGGUAUUUUUCUGAUCCCCUUUUCUGCAGGAUCUUUUCAUUUGCUACAUUUCAGUAAGUUUUUGUAAAUUGCCAAAAUUACAAAACCAGUAUUUACCAGCUUCUGUGGUCAACUUAAAUUCACUCCGACAGAUUUCUAGAUGUUUCUUUUGGAGACAGGGAAACCCCAAGUUGGCCUCCAACCUGGUGUGCAGCAGGGGAAGACCUUGAACUGCCUGACUUCCACAUCUCCCAGCUGCUGAGAUUACAGCUGUUGAGUGUUUGUAUGUGGUGCUGGGGAUGGAGCCCCUGAUACUUUGUACACAUUGGCCAGGUACUCUACUAACUCAGUUACUCUCCCAACCCCAGAUGUCAUUAUAUAUAUAUAUAUAUAUGUAUGUAUGUAUGUGUGUGUGUGUAUAUAUAUAUAUAUAUAUAUAUAUAUAUAUAUAUAUAUAUAUAUAUAUAUAUAUAUAUAUAUAGUGAAAACCUGCUGGCACACACACAAAAAAGAGACAAUUUAACUGCUUUGUACUGAUGGGGAUUACUAGCAUCUUUCUUUCUUUCUUUCUUUUUUUUUUUUUGAGUGUAAAUGAAAAACUUCAAAUACUUUAUUAUGUGCUUUUUAUUACCACUCAAAAUUUGUGUCAUAAACAUGGGCCUUUUCUGGAGCAGCACUAACGAGUUCCCCUGCUGUGUGUGAGAUAAGAAUAGAGCUGAGUGGUAGAAUGGUUGCUUAUCGUGGCUAUUAAGGGCCUGGAUUCUCAAUUCACAGCACUACCACCAAAAAACAUAAAACCACCCAACUUUAAAUUUAGGAUAUCCUAUUUAUUACAUAACAUUCACAAUUCUUAUUUUGCAGAAAACUCGUGUCAUUCCCUUACUUACCUAGCCAGUACUACCACAAAGAUGUGAUCAUGGUGCCAAGGAAUUGCAAAUGUAAUUCUGAUCUGUAAUGUUUUUAAAAUAAAUGUGAAUUUUAUAAAUCGAAGAUCUAAGAAAUUAACACUUACUUAUAUUGCUUUAAAAGACUUGUUUGUAUCUGCUUAUGUGUGUGUGAAUGUGUGCCAUGUGUGUGCAGGUGACCAACGAGGCCAGGAAAAGGCAUUGGACUUAAGCGAGGCUGAUCACCUGAUGUGGGUGCUGGGAACCAAACGGCCCUCUGAAAGAGCAGCGAGUACUCUUUAUUUAUUUAUGUAUAUGAGUACACUGUAGCUGACUUCAGACACACCAGAAGAGGGCAACAGAUCCUGUUACAGAGGGCUGAGCCUCCGUGUGGUUGCUGGGAAUUGAACGCAGGACCUGGAAGAGCAGCCAGUGCUUUAACCGCCGAGCAUCUCUCCAGCCCGCAGCACGUACUCUUAACCACUCUACCUACUGAAGUACUCUUUAGCCACCUGCUUUGAGAUGUAAGAAGCUUGAAGUGCUUGUGACUUCUGUGCGAGGUGUGCAGGCACCAAGUUAAACCCAUUAAGACAGAAACUCACUGUUUCAGGCCGACAGGCUCCAAGUGACAUGCUGUGGCAACUCUCUCUUCUUAGCAUGGGGGAAAAAAAAAUCACGCCUUUGUAGUUACUUGAUCAGAAACCUCAAUUUGGCAUCCAACAGUAUAUUGCCUUUGCUUCCCAAAUGCUGGGAUUAAAGGCAUGGUGAUACUUGAUACCAAUAACUAACACAACAUAUUCUAGGACAGACAACAUUCCCAUGUUGACAUUUAUUACAUUAAUAACAUAUCUAGCAAAAAACAAGUAACUCAAUAACUGAGAUCACACUGACAGGUUCAUUUUGAUCCAUUAGCCAAUUUGGGGAAAAGUCUUAUUGAGCAAAGUAAUAAAAAGAUUAGUAGAAAGCACGUUUUCCUUCUACACAGGGCACUUAACUACUCAAAGCCAGUUUCAGACGCAAAACCAGCUACAGCAUUGUUUUAUAGUCUCCUAAAUGUAGUCAUUUAUACCAUUAUAAAGACCCUGUUUUCUUGGGUGAGAAACUGAAAAUACAAGUAAGCAUAUACCCAUUAUAGUAAAUGCCCGUGUAUUUACAGAGUUUUUCUGUCAUUAUUAAGAAUUUCAAACUACUCCAACAAACUCAAGUUUUGGGAACCAUUUUUGGUAUCUUAGUCAAGUGCUAUGAGGGUUUUAUACCCCUACCCCCAUUCAUAAUACAAUUUGUGAAUAUUUAGAAUCCAGAUACGUCUUGAAUUAUUCAGAGCUAUGCUUGAUAAAAGAGACCGAAAAGAAUACAGAAUUAGCUUAUGUUCCUGAAACCACCUGAACGUAUCUUUAGGCUUUUUAUUUACAGUAUGUCCAGGGGUGAAAGGUAGUGCUACCCUAGAUGCCUACUUAAGACUCGCUGUCUUGCCCUCUAUCACUGCACUAUGCUAACAGUAAGAUACAUUAUCCCAAAUCUUAUGAAGGCAGCACAUCUUUAGGAGUACCUAUAUAUAAAAAGUAGCAACAUCAGUGGUUUGAAUAUAAAAAUUUAUUUAAGUCAAAGUAUGCAACAAAUGAAACAACCUACAGAAAACAGAUUUUCCCAUCGCAGUCUGUUGCUUUACCAAAUAAUAUAACACAUUCCUUCAGUCGUUAUAAAGUUCUUGAAAUACAAAAGAAAUGAAAUCUGUAAGAAAGUCUAGUAGAGCAGGUGUGUUAGGACGUGUACGUUGGGGUGGUGUUGUCAGUACAUCCCACGCCAUCCACCUCCACUCAUUCCACCUUGCCCAUAGUAACCUCCACUGCCUCCACCACCACGACCUUAAGAAGACAGUAAGAACCGUCCAUCAGGAGACAUCCAUGUCUUUAAAUGAAGGACACUACCACAAUACAGAAACAACUACUUACCAUAGCCUCCCAAGCCAUCAGGAGCACCGUAGCCUCCGCUGUAGCUGUUCCCCAUCCCCAUUCUCCCAACAGACCCGUAUCCUCCUUGAUUAUCUGCACACAGAAAAGAAGCCACAGAGGAUGACUGCCUUGUGGAGUGGCCAACACUUGCUCAUUCUACACAAUUUACAAACCUAGGUUUGGAAGGAUAUGCUGAAGCAUCAAGGAGAAUUGUGAGUUUUGGGCCAUCCUGUGUUACAGUGAGGUGCUACCCAUCACAAAUACAAAACUAUACAUACCCAUUCCAUCUCUGCCAUAGCCUCCCAUUCCAGAACCUCCCAUUCCAGAGCCACCUCCAGGAGUAGAAUUCAAGAAGAGUUCAAUGUAUCGAUGUUCUUUUAAAAAAAAAAAAAAAGAUGGGUGGAAAAGGUAAGAGGAUUAGAGAAAGGAAUGCUAGAUCAAAGGUAUUAAAGUUAAUUUAUAAAACUAAUUCAAACAGCCACUAAAGUUUAAGCAUUAUUAGUAGGUCAAAUGAUUUUAAACCCUAGGGUCUACUACAGGCACUUUAACAGUAUUUCAUAAACUGCACACACCUGUAAAACAAGCAUAACAAAGAUACCACUUACGCAUGUUGUUUUUAUCUUUAGACAUGGCAGCUACUGCAUCUUCAUGUGUCACAAACUCUACAUCUGCCUCGCCUGUUGCUCUGCCAUCGGCUCCAAUGUCAAUAUGAACACGUAUUGGAUUGAGCGGUGAGAAGAACUAAACAGAAGUUAUUCAUUUUAAAAUUCCAGUUAUUUAAAGUUAGCAUAUACUUCAAUUUUUUUUCCCUAGUCCACUAAAGUAAACUACUGAGAGUCUAAAAGCUGCAGUAUUGUAGAGGUAGGCUAGUCAUCCUUUGCUAUGGAAGUGGUCAACUUAGCUCACACAGGGAAGGAGUACAUAUUUUAAAAUGCCAAAAGUGCUGCUGCUUUAAACUAAGGUAAUAGUACAUUUUAAGUGAAAACUGUCCAACUGUGGGAUCCAGCUCCCCUUUAGAGAAAGUGUGCAUUAUCAGGGGUAUCUGAGUUUGGGAAUGCUUCAGAGCCUACUACUAAAAGCAAGCUGCUUCCUGACUGACUCUUCUUCACACAUGGGUGUUGUUUAUUUUUAAUGCAUUUUUUUUAACCUGCUUAAAAUUCUCAUUAGGUCAGCAUAUAAUGGGCACAAAACAUCUAUGUGCACAUUAGGCAAAUAAUCAAUCACUAAGUGACAACCUUAGCCUGAGUCUCAACAAAUAAAAAAGAUGAGUCAGCUGGGCAUGGUGGCUGCCUGUAAUUCCAACAUGCUCAAAGCCAAGUUAGCAUUAGCAAAUUCUAGCCCAGUUUGGCCUCCCCACUACAAGUAAUUACUACUAACAAAAAAAAUAAUAAAUACCCACUAUAAAAGC